CAACAAGGAGUGGUUGAGAUUUUUUUUCAUAUUGUUACCCUUUUAAAUAUUUUUUUUUCUUUGUUUGGAUUGAUUAUUUAUGAUCUAAAACAUUGGGGGAAAUGCGACAGUAACAAAAAAAAAACAAUUAAGCGAUAGUUAUGAGGUCGCUAUCCGUGACUUAUGUACAGACACUAUUUUUUUCAUUGUGACGUAAUUUGUUUAAAAAUAUUUAUAAAUAUAGUUCCAGGGCUUAAUGCGGCAUGAAUCUUGCUAUGGCAGCAUACAGACAUUGUUCUAUCAAACACAACAGUUCUUUUGGUUUAAAAUACAGUUUAUUUUAAAGAGGGAUGCGAGAGCGGAAACUGCUUUUUCAACCUUGUCUGUGUUUUCCGCCAUAUACUAUGUAUGUAUGUAUGUAGAUAUUAUCCGAUGACUGAUAUAAUUUAUUCUUUAUUAUUACUCGAAACCACACACACACGCCACCCUUGUGAGUGUGCAUAUACAGUGCUGCUCAAAAGUUUGUGAACCCCCUCAACAUUUUGGAAUUUUCUAUUAUUUCAACCUGAUUUCCUAAUCAAUCAAUUCAGUAGUUUUUUUUUGUUUUUUUAACAGUUGUGUUGUCGAGACUAAAUUAAAAAGAGUUUUCAUCAACUGAUGUAGGUGCAAAAUUGAACUGUUUGGUCACAACCAAAACCGCCAUGUCUGGCGAAAAGUCAACACUGCAUACCACCAAAAGAACCUUCUCCCAACAGUGAAGCAUGGAGGUGGGAAUGUCAAGAUCUGGGCUUGCUUUUCAUCCUCAGGACCUGGACAACUCCACAUAGUCCAGGGAAUCAUGAAUUCUGAGGAAUAUUGUCAAAUCCUAGAACAUAACCUGACGCCAUCUGUUUUGAAGUUAAAGCUUGGCAGAAGGUGGAUCAUGCAACAUGAUAAUGAUCCAAAGCAUUCCAGCAAUACAACCAAGGAAUGGCUGAAAAAGAAGAAGAUUCGUGUUCUGGACUGGCCCAGUCAAAGUCCUGACCUAAAUCCCAUUGAAAUGCUGUGGCGGGACCUGAAGCGAGCAGUUCAUGCCAGACGCCCAUCAAACCUCUCUCAACUGACUGCGUUCUGCAAGGAAGAAUGGGCAAAAAUCCCCCAAAGUAGAUGUGAGAGGCUGAUUAGUCACUACAGAAACCGUUUGGUUGAGGUAAUCUCUGCAAAAGGAGGCGCAAUAUCCUAUUAACUGAAGGGGUUCACAUACUUUUGCACACAUGAUAUCUGAGUUUUUCUUAAAUCAACCACUUUUGUUAAAUAAAGAAUGACAAUAUAACUAUUUCUUUUGUUUCAGUCCAUUAUUUGGAAUGUCAGUAUUGUGGAUUUGGGUAUAACUUAACAUUUAAUAAGGUUAUUUUAGUUUUUUUUACAAAAAAUCUGACCAUCGCUGUGGGGUUCACAAACUUUCGAGCAGCACUGUAUGUAAGACGAUGUGAGCGCUUCUUGUCACUUUACCUUCACUUACCUGACACCAUGUCCUUUGUUGGAAAAUACCAACUGGAGUCUCAAGAGAGCUUUGAGCCUUUCAUGAAGGCCAUUGGUAAGGUUUUUUUUUUUUUUUUCUCCCCAAGGACAGGUCAAAUGUAUGUAGUUAAUUUUAUUCUAGGUCUUCCUGAUGAGCUUAUCCAGAAGGGCAAAGAUGUUAAGAGCAUCUCUGAGAUUGAAGAGAAUGGCAACAACUUUAAGGUGACGUUCACAACUGGAUCCAAGGUCCUCGUCAACUCUUUCACCAUUGGGCAAGAGGCUGAGCUUGAGACCAUCACGUGCGAGAAGGUCAAGGUAGGCUUAAAAUGAGAAAUGUGGCGGGGUUUUUGUUGUGUGGUAACAGUUUGCAACUCUGGUUGGCCAACUUUUGUUCUCAAAGACUCAUUUUAAUUCUGAAUAGAUUUUUGAGCUAUGCUUGUGUUAAUGGUUUUGUUUCCAGCCUUAAAAUCAUUAAAGGAAUUUUUUUAAUGAUUGGUAUUGUAAAUUCCAUUAGUAGUCAGUUAUAAAUCAAGAUUAAAACUGUACAGUACACUCAAACCUGCUGUUGCAACCCCCCACCCCCCAUCACUUUUUGACUGGCAAGUGAGUUGUAUGUAAUUGUUGGGUCAUUAUCAAUAUACGGUGCCUUUGAGAACUUCCAACUUGCCCAAAAAAAAGCUGAGAUUUUCCAUUCAACUUCACAUUUAUAGUAUCAAUUACCUGUUGUACUGUUAGGAAUGCACGUCGGUCAAGCUCCCACACUUUUUUAAUAAUAACUACAAGCAGACAAAGUACACGUAAACAGCAAAUUAUGUCAACUCUGUCAUGGACAAAUUCAAAGCAGAAUAAAUAUAUUCUAAUUGCAUAGUGAUUAUAAAAUGUAUAUUUUCAGGAAGGUUUUUUGUCCUUAUCUACAGCCUACGUUUUGUUUAAUUGGAAAAGUAUUUGGAUAGUAAUUAAAUUAGGGGAAAUUAUUUGAUUUUCCUGAAAAUCAGCAAAAAUGCUACAUUCUUUUCUUAAUAAAAUCUGUCAACAAAGAUAUGUGGUCAAAUUUUCAGCUGAUACUAUAAGGCCCUUACUUGUUCAUGCAGAAAUCGCACAAAAAGUUUGCUAACUUGUGAAAAAAAAUGCAUUAUUUUCCUAGAAUAUAAAAAAUAACAGAGUGGACAGUAAACUGACAGGGUUGACCUAGCAUGACAGAGUGGACAAAUUGUGAAAGAUCGUUGAAUGAAUCAAAUAAUUUAAAUGUAAAUAUAUAUACCAGAGGUCCUAUCCCCUUCAGAUGGAACUACCAGAACCUACCAAAACACCAAAAUGAGCCAUAAUUGUGGCAUUCUACAACUUAACUCCAUGGAUGAUUCUGCUGAAUCAGCCAAACAUUGAACUGUACAAUGAGAUGGUAAAUUGCUGAAUAAUAAUUGACCUGAAGAGAAACAAAUGAACAUAACUGA